AUCAGCCCAUCUUGAGCAUUUCUGUCGACAAAAAUUUAGUUUUGUUGAACAUUCAAACUUCCAUACUCCGUUGUCGCGUCGUUAUUUUAUAGUCGAGAGAGCUUUCGUCGCAAAAAUGAACCAAUUCGUCGCGUACAUUGUAUUACUCAUGGCACAUGCCUGCCUCUUCAUGGAACCAGUCCAAGGUACCUUUCGUCUGCAGAUAUUGCAUAAUAACGAUUUGCAUGCGAGAUUCGUCGAGACGGAUGUGAACUCUGGGCCAUGUCCGGAGGAAUUAGCCAAACAGAACAAGUGUUAUGGAGGAUUCGCUCGUAUGAAGAGGGCCGCUGACGACGCUCGGAAGCAGGCUAAAAGCCAGGGUGUGCCCAGUAUUUUCAUCAAUGCUGGCGACACUUCCCAAGGUACUCCGUAUUAUGUGCUUUACAAAUGGCAAAUUACUUCCGAAUUAAUCGAUAAGCUUGGACUAGACGUUAUGACAUUGGGUAAUCAUGAAUUUGAUGCUGGAAUAGAUAACUUGGUUCAGUUCUUGAAGCACGUGAAAACGCCAGUUGUUUGCGCCAAUCUCAACCUAACCAGCGAAAAACGACUGGAUUUGCCCAAUCUGACUCCGUCAAAAGUUCUAUCAGUUGAAGGGAAAAAAAUCGGAAUCAUCGGAUACCUAACACCUCUCACCAAAGAUGUAUCGAAUACCGAGAAUUUGGAAAUAUUCGAAGAAAUUCCCUACAUACGACGUGAAGCGCAACGUUUGAAAUCUGAAGGCAUCAAGAUAAUAAUCGCCUUGGGACAUUCGGGAUUCGAUUACGACAAGAAAAUAGCUGCUGAAAUAGAAGAGGUCAGCUUGGUCGUGGGAGGACAUACUCAUACCUUGUUGUAUACACCAAAGGAUAAACCACCAAGUGUUGAAAAAGUAAUAUCCGAAUAUCCUACAAUGGUAGUGCAAAAAUCUGGCAAAAAAGUGCCAGUAGUGCAGGCGUAUGCAUACUGUAAAUAUUUAGGUAAACUGAUGGUCGACUUCGACGACGAAGGUAACGUUCUCAGUGCUGCUGGAAACCCACAGAUUCUCGAUUCAACCAUCAUGAAAGAUUCGGAACUCGACAACGAAAUAGCUAAAUGGACCGCCUUGGUCAACGAACGAGUCCAAGUCGUCAAGGGUUAUACGCGUACUUUCUUGGGAAAAUCAACUUUUUCCGAGGGUAAAUUCGAAUCCACUUUGGGUAAUUUGAUUACCGAUGCUUUUGUAGAUUUUGGAGUGCAACUGGCGAAAGAGCGUAAGGGACCAACAUGGACAAGAACACCCAUAGCUUUGUAUCAAAAUGCAGGUAUUCGCGCUGUCAUCGAUAAUAAAAAGAACAACGGUGCUUUAACCCUGGAAACAUUAAUGACAAUAAUGCCAUUCGAAAGUGAAUUGGUUGAAGUGGAAUUGCGAGGAAGUACUAUAAGAAAAUCUUUAGAAUUUGGAGUAUCCAUGUACACCUCAGAAGAUACCACGUUCUAUUCGAGUUACUUCCUUCAUUUUUCGGGACUCAAGGUAGUGUACGACUUUUCAAAACCUUCCGGUCAGCGAGUCGCAUCAGUGAAUGUUUUAUGCAGGGAAUGCGAUAUUCCAGAAUACCAGAUGCUUCAAGAUGACCGAAUAUAUGGUGUCAUGAUGACAAGAUUCUUGGCCGAAGGAGGCGAUAAAUUCAAUAUGAUCAAAACUGAAUUAAUCAAUAAAACAAUGCUCAGUUUCUCAGAUCUAGAUCCGCUUAUCGCUUACGUAGAAAAAAGUCAAGUGGUAUAUCCUCAUCUAGACAACCGACUCACCGUGACUAGAUUCAAAUUGAGAGAUCCUAAUGCACCGUCAGCGGCUUUUAAACUGUCUCAUUUAUCACUGACAUUGAUCGCGAUUGUCUUCUCAUUGACAGUAUUCGUGCUCUAGAAAAUUCGCCAAUACUCGCAUAUUACAGAAGCAAGAAACUCUUUAUUCCAUUUCAUUCCAGUAACUUUUGCAUUUCUCGUUUUUUUUUUCCUUUGACCGCACCUCCCUUCAAUUUCGAAGAUGGGAAAUUUCAAAAAAAAUCACAUUUUUGCUUGUCUUCAGAAAUUACCCAUAUGAGAAUUCAUAUUCAAAUUUUAAAAAAUUCAACAAGACGCGCAAAUUUUUUAGAAAUCCUUUAGGGAUUUACUGAGCGGUUGAAAAUUUGCAAGUCGCUCAUUUUCGUCGUUGAAAUUUUUUCUUCUCAAAUGAUUUGCACAAAUUAUGCAAAAAAAAAAAAAAGGAAAAAUAUAAUUUUUGAAACUAAUGAAAUAGUAACGCGCAAAAAAUUAUAAAUCUUUUUCGAGUUUUAGAAGUUGGCAACGGUGGUCAAAAAAUUGGUACCACUACAUUCUAAAAUGAUCCUCCGUAGUUUCGAAAAUGAUAUUUUUCGAUAUCUUGGAAUGGGAAAUAUAUAAUCGAACGACGAAAAAGGUGGCUUGAACGACAGGCAGGUGUUACGACAAUAAGACGGGUAUAUUAACGACAAAUUAGGUACCACGUAAAAACAGAAUUUUUUGAACGACUAAACAGAUCGUCAUCACAACUAAUACUUUUCCCGACAGAUAUGAGUGUUGGAACGACAAAGUAUGAUUUUCAGCGACUAGUUGAUCUCACAAGGAAUUGGUCAAUGGCGAGAGAUCCUUCUGCAUCGAACUGUUGACAUUUUGUCCCUUCUCCAGAUGUGUCUUUAAAGGAAUGGACAUCUGGGUAUCAAUGGGUUGCUCUGCUCGCUGCUCAAAAUAAAAAAGUGAUUCAAAUUCCAGACGAUUCCAGCGCUGCUUCCUUUUUUUUUUAUCACCUCCAGCACAGCCACGCAUGGAAUUUGGAAAAUCAGCAUUGUAUCGAACAAUUUGGAAUUAUCAACUUGCUCAUGCCCUUAUUUCUUGAAGAGAACAACAUGCAAACAUGUACUUGGAAUGCAAAUUCGUCAGAGACUGGAUCAGCCGCCCCCCCCUCCGAGGUGAAAUCUAUUCCCUUCAGCCAAAAACUCAAGCAUGAGAGGCCAACUAAAUCCAAAAGGGCAUUAUUGAUGCAAUAAAACUUUUUUUUCUAUCAAAUGCAAACGUGGUAGUCCCUUUUUAAUUGUAUAAAUUGCCGUUUUUCAAUCAUAACAUUAGUCGUUCCUAGAUAUUAUUGUCACGUGAAUUUCACUUAUCCGGUUGUUGUGUAAACUAAUUCUUUGUUGUUUAAUGUACAUAUUUUUUUACCCUGCAAUAUACAUAGAAUGCCUGUCAUUGAAGGAAUUUUUUGUCGUGUUUUUUGUACGAUGUGGUAUUCAUUUUUUCUGUCGCAUAGACCCCUUAAUUUUGUCGUGCAUUCCCCCUUUUUAGUAGUAACGAUAAAUCAUACCCUCUUGGAAUUACUUCACCUUCACACGUAAUGUUUGGGAGAAAAUUCUUUUCAAAACACAAAUUUAUCAAAUUGCUGUAAAGUCUCUCCUUUCCAAGGACAGUUUUAAAUCAUGGUUACAGAUGUUGAUAGCCUCUCGUGGAUGUCUGCCUGCCUGCCUGCCUGCCUGACCGCCUGUCUGACUUAUCAAGAUCAUUGACCUGUCCGUCCGGACUCUUAAGGUCACUGAUCUUGUAGUCUCCCAAGGUUCUCCGUGUGUCUGCCUAUAUGGCCCAUUUCGGUCACUGACCCAUCUGCCUCGCUUCUCAAGGUCGUCUGUCUGUCGGUCUGACCUAAUAGGGUCAUUCACCAGUGUGUCUGGACCCUGGAGGUCACUGACCCACCAGUCCAGUCUCCCAAAGGUUGCAUGUAUGUCUGUCUGGUCUUUCAAGGUGGUCUGCGUGUCUGUCUGGGCCCUUCAGGUCAUGGCGAACACUAAAGUAUUCUAAUCCAGAUAUUAUGUACCCAGUCAAAAUCUGGACUGAACUUAUUACCACCGCUGCUUAUUUGCUGAAUCGAGUAGGCAAAUCAUCAAUCAACGGUUCGACUUCUUACUAGUUGUGGUUUGGCAAACCACCACAAAUGAAGCAUCUUCAAAUGGUUAGUUCGAAAUGCUUUGUGAAUGUUCCAAUCCAGUUAAGUUGAAAAUUGGAUGAAAAGGUACUCAAAGGUUACCUUGCCAGAUAUUAUGAUGGUGACAUGCAAUAUCGAGUUAACAUCUCAUAGAAACGUGACGUUGUAAUAUCGAGAGAUGUCACAUUCAACGAGAAACUUCAAGAUUGCAACGUGAGAGUUACCAUCCCUCUCAACAGAGAAAUUGAAGUUUCCAUUGAAACCAAUACUGAGAACAGCGAUGCAAAGGAAACUAAAAGCACUCGACCACAAAAGAAACAUGCACCUUCUACGUUGAAGUCUAUAGUAUUUGAUUUAAUUAAAUGAAGAAUAACGCAAGAACGUUUCAAGCUUUUAAUGACAAAAACGAGAAGCUUCACCAAAUUCGUAUGACAAAGCUGGUUGAAGACAUGACCGUUCCAAAUGGAAAAACACUACGGAUACCUUGACAAAAUCCAUAGCUGCUAGCAACGCGCCGGAACUAGUUUCUAGACCAGAGGACAGAUUUUUGUGGAGUUUGGUUUA